CUCGGCUUCUCUGGAGGCGGCUAGGGUGGGAGUAAGGCUGGAGCCUGAGCAGAGGAGGUUAGAUUGUUGACCAUAUAUGGUCAAAGCCACAGGGAGACAUUGCUGCCGCAAGCUUGGAUGCCUGUCUUCCGGGUUUGAAGUAAGCGCGGCGCAGUGACUGAGGAGGGAGCCCUGGGCUGCACAGCCGCUUAAAUACAUACAAGACUGGUGCUUGUACUCACAUUGCUGCUGUGACUAGCGCCAGCGCAGGAAGAUGCCAUACGAGAUCAAGAAAGUUUUUGCAAGUCUUCCUCAGGUAGAAAGAGGUGCAGCCAAAAUUAUUGGAGGAGACCCCAAGGGCAACAACUUUCUAUAUACAAAUGGAAAAUGUGUCAUCAUCAGAAAUAUCGAGAAUCCGGCCAUUGCUGAUAUCUACACAGAACAUGCUCAGCAAGUCAUUGUUGCCAAGUACGCUCCCAGUGGAUUCUACAUUGCAUCUGGAGAUGUCUCUGGAAAACUGAGAAUUUGGGACACAACACAGAAAGAACAUCUUCUUAAAUACGAGUAUCAGCCGUUCGCAGGAAGAAUUAAAGAUAUAGCGUGGACAGAAGAUAGCAAGAGAAUUGCUGUAGUUGGAGAAGGAAGAGAGGUGUUUGGAUCAGUCUUUCUGUGGGAUUCUGGCUCGUCAGUGGGUGAAAUCACAGGCCACAACAAAGUUAUAAAUACUGUGGACAUCAAGCAAACAAGACCCUAUCGCCUGGUCACUGGUAGCGAUGACAACUGCUCUGCAUUUUUUGAAGGACCUCCUUUUAAAUUCAAGUUUACCAUAAGCGACCACAGCCGAUUUGUUAACUGUGUUAGAUUUUCUCCUGAUGGUAACAGAUUUGCAACAGCCAGCGCAGAUGGCGAGAUUUUACUAUAUGAUGGGAAGACUGGAGAAAAAAUUGGUUCUCUCGGAGGAGGCAAAGCCCAUGAUGGAGGAAUUUAUGCAAUUAGCUGGAGUCCUGACAGUACUCAGCUGCUGUCUGCAUCUGGCGACAAAACUACAAAGAUCUGGGACGUUGCCGCUAACUCAGCAGUGACCACGUUUAAGCUCGGGUCAGAUGUGCUUGAUCAGCAGCUGGGCUGUUUAUGGCAGAACAAUUACUUGUUGAGUAUUUCUCUCUCCGGUUACAUCAACUAUUUGGACAAGAACAACCCAAACAAACCACUGCGUGUCAUCAAGGGACACAACAAGUCUAUUCAGUGUAUGACUGUUCAUAAAAAAGAUGGUCGACCUACCAUUUUUACUGGUAGCCAUGAUGGACACAUCAAUUAUUGGGAUGCUGAGACUGGAGAAAAUGACACUUUCAAUGGGAAGGGACAUUCAAACCAGGUGUCUAGCAUGGCCAUAGAUGACUCCAACCUACUAGUCACGUGCAGCAUGGAUGACACUGUGCGCUACACCAGUUGUAUCAGCAAAGAUUACAAUCCUCAGGAUGCUGUAAAGUUGGACGUUCAACCUAAGAGUGUUGCGGUUGGCUCUGGAUAUACUGUAACAGUAUGCUUUGGACAGAUUCUUCUGUUGAAAGACAAGAAAAAAGUUUUCACCCUUGAUGGUCUAGAGUAUGAACCAGAAGUAGUUGCAGUUCAUAAAUCCAGCGGAACUGUUGCAGUGGGAGGAGCAGAUGGAAAAGUGUAUUUGUAUUCCGUUCAAGGGAACACAUUGAAGGAUCAAGGCAAGACCCUUGAAGCAAAAGGAGCGGUGACGGGCCUUGCUUAUUCUCACGAUGGUGCUCAUUUGGCGGUGUGCGAUGCUCACAAGGUUGUCACUGUCUUUAAUGUCGCUGACGGAUAUGCGGAACAAAACAGUUACUAUGGACAUCAUGCAAAAGUGGUUUGUGUAGCCUGGUCGCCGGACAAUGAGCACUUUGCCAGUGGCGGAAUGGAUAUGAUGGUGUUUGUAUGGACUCUGAGUGAUCCAGAUGAAAGACUUAAGAUGCCAGAUACACACAGGCUACACCAUGUUAGCAGCUUGGCCUGGCUGGAUGAGCGCACAUUGGCCACCGUAUCCCAUGAUGCAUGUGUGAAACAGUGGACAAUCACCUUCAAAUGAGCAUAUAUAAUUUAUGAGUAUGUUUAUCAGGGAAUGGAAAGAACUACUGCAUUGGAAAUAAUAAAAAAAAAGAAAUCUUUAUUUGUCAUAUCCUCUUGGUUUCGUGCCACUUCUUCUCUCAUUCUUUACAAGGUGGUAUCUAUCUAUAAUUAAUGUCUGAAAAGCUUUAGUCAGUGAACGCUUGCACUUGAAAAGCCCAUUCUUGUAACACUUUGUGAUCGACAUUCCAGAGGCAACUGCAAAAUACCGUUCACAGGGAGAUUGACUUGGAAUCUUACAAUACUGUUAGGUCAUAUAACCGCUUCAGAAACACCUUGUUUUCAUUUUACAGAAUAGAUUUGUACCCACAUUGUUUGGUGAAAUUAACCAUAAUGAUUAAACAAAUCUUAGUGUGCAGCUACUGUCACUCUUCCUGUUCGUAAAUGACCUAAAAAAGCGUUGCCUCAAAUCUAAUAUACAUUUUUAAUGCAUUUCCAGUCCAGUUUUGUGAUUCAUUUCUGGUGUUGAUAUUAGGAUUUCUAAUGUAGUGACUUGUUGGCUUACUGUGCUUUUUUAUAUGUACAUUUUGUAACCACAAUCGUGCAUCUCAAUUAAAUAUUGUUGACCUAGUGACUUUGGAAAAUGUAUGCCUUUCUCAACAAGUGCUUUCCCCCCCCCCCCCCCCCCCCAAAGUUGUUACAUUGUGAAUUACAGUCCCAGUACUUUAAAUAAAGCUUUGCUGGCGCUUUUGGCAUUUGAAAUGUAUGUGACAGUUCCAAUACAAAUUAAAGGGACGUUAUUUAUAAAAAAAAAAUAAAAAGAUACGCCCCCUGCGUAUAAGAACACACAUUGUAGAAAUCUGCUAGGUGACAGUCUUGAUCUUAUGUGCAGUUUGCAAGGGGGCAUUCUCUCCCCCCCCCCCCAUAAAUCUUUGCUUUAAAGGGACAGUAAAGUCGAAAUUUAAACUUUCAUGAUAAAGGUAGCUCAUUUGAUUUUAAACAACUUACCAAUUUACUUAUGUUGGCUCAUUUGCUUUGUUCUUUUGGUAUCCUUUGUUGAAAAGCACAUGUACAUAUGCUUAGAAGCCGCAAUGCACUAGUGGGAGCUAGCUGGUGAUUGGUGGCUGCCAUAUAUGCCCCUUGUCAUUGGCUCACCUGAUGUGUUCAGUUAGCGCCCAGUAGUGCAUUGCUGCUCCUUCAAUAAAUGAUAUCAUAAGAAUGAAGCAAAUUUGAUAAUAGAAGUAUAUUGGAAUGUUGUUUAAAAUUGCAUAUUCUAUCAGAAUCAUAAAAUAAAUAGUCUUUUUUUUUUUUUAAAAAAAUUGCAAUAAGUGAAGUGUUAUAAGGAAAGUUAUUUAAAAAAAGUUCUCUCUUUGUAUAGUUUUUUUUUUUUAUUUAAUAUAAAGUCCCUUUUAAAUUUGUCUGCAUGAUCAUAUAUUUUGAAACAUAAAAUGCAGUGAAAAAUAUAUUUUUAAAACAUAGCUUUCUAUAAAUCUAAAAGCAAAACUAUUGCAUGCAUCGGCUCCAAGUACAAUAAUGCACGUUGCAAACCGGGCAAGUGUAAAUGUUUUAGAACAUCACUGAUGCAUGUUUUUUUUAAUAGUUUAUUUUCUAUAUAGCAUUUGUAAUUUAUUCUAAAUUUAAUGGGACAUAGAUGCAAAUGACAAAAAUGACAAAUAUACUAUUACAUAAGUAAAUGCAAUCUGCGUCUUAAAAAAACAACCACAUUUCUGAAAUCUGCUUCAUAUUCUUUGCUAAAGGAGCCCACACCUCUGCCAUAAACAAAUAAAUUGGGCAAGCUGCAUAGAACACCAUGCACAGAGUUUUAGGCUUUGUGAGUGCCAACAAGCAUGCUUGUGAUGGCACUGUGCAUAGGGGUUACUGCAGUAUGUAUGUAUGCUUUUCAUGCACUGAGCUAUUGUACCUUAGGAAGAAAUGUAAAGUGGGUUCAGUUAUAUUUUUGUUACCUAUUGCAUUUACGCAGGUAAUAUACAUAUAUUUUUUCAUAUUUGUUCACUUUUAUGUCCUUUUUAAGAAUGCCCAUUAUGAUGUAUGCCUUUUUUAAAAGUACUGUAUGAUUUGAAAGAUUUUUGUAUUAACUUCAAGAACAUUAGUGGUGCUUUUUUUUUUUCUUCUUCUAAAGGAUAAGGAUAUUUUUGUAACACCAGGAAAAUGGCAUUAAUAUAGCCCAGAUUAAUCAGUUGAAAGACAUAAGGUCAGUAGUAACUGCUUAUAAAGAUAUCUAUCUACUACCACUCCUAAAGUGACCACCAGAGUCUGUCAUGGGAAAUGUAAGCAGCCAUUUCAUGUUGAUUGUCCAAUCAUUGUGGCAAUUGCUAUUUAAAACAUGACAAUAAAAUCACAUUUUCUACAUCCUAAUAAA